GUUCUGAAGAAAGCCGGGUGAAAGUGGCGGGGGAGCGGCUGCUGGGCUUUGCUGCUCUCCCGCUGCCCUCGGCAUGAGUUGUAGCGCGGGGAUCGUGGGCUGCAGGCGGGGGGCGUCGCUUCGCUUCCUGCUCCCCAAGGGCUCCGUGGCAGGAAUCAAGAGGCUGUUUGUAUCUACUGAAGUCAUUCCCCGAAUAUGCAUUAUAGGCAGUGGACCUGCUGGAUUCUAUACAGCACAGCAUCUCUUGAAGCACCACAAACAGGCUCAGGUGGACAUUUAUGAGAAGCUGCCAAUUCCCUUUGGCCUGGUUCGCUUUGGAGUCGCUCCGGACCACCCAGAAGUCAAGAAUGUGAUCAAUGCAUUUACGCAGACGGCACGCUCUGAUCGCUGCAUCUAUUCUGGGAACGUGACAGUGGGGAAGGAUGUCACCAUAAAGGAGCUGCAGAAGGCUUAUCAUGCCGUGGUUUUGAGUUAUGGAGCUGAGGACAGCCGGAGGCUUGGGAUUCCCGGAGAAGACCUUGCAGGAGUCUAUUCCGCUAGAGCAUUUGUAGGAUGGUACAACGGCCUGCCUGAGAACAGAGAUCUGAAACCAGACCUGAGCAGUGAGACGGCUGUGGUCCUGGGACAUGGGAACGUGGCUCUGGAUGUCGCUCGGAUUCUCUUAUCACCUCUUGAAAUUCUCAGGAAAUCUGACAUCACUGAAGACUCGCUCACAGCCUUGGCCCGCAGCAAAGUGAAGCGGGUGUGCCUUAUAGGGAGGAGGGGCCCCCUCCAGGUUGCCUUCACCAUAAAGGAGCUGCGAGAGAUGAUCAACCUACCUAAUGCCCGACCUUUCCUGAAUCCUGCAGACUUCAAAGGCCUUGGUGAUGCUAUCAAAGAUGUUCCCAGACCUCGAAAACGGCUGACCGAGCUGAUGAUCAAAACCGCCCUGGAAGACCCAGGAGAGGCGAUGGCCAGUCGUUGGGCUUCGGUGUCCAGAGAGUGGAGCCUGAAGUUUUUGCGCAGCCCGCUGGAAGUGUUGCCCAUGGCUGAUGGGAGGCAGGCAAGGGCUAUCCGAAUGGCUGUCACCAGGUUGGAAGGUACAGGAGAGGCUGCCAAGGCAGUUCCCACUGGAGAAGUUGAGGAGAUGACGUGUGGACUGGUUCUCAGUAGCAUUGGCUACAAGAGCCUCCCAAUUGAUCCUGCUGUACCCUUUGACCCCAAGAAAGGCAUUAUCCCCAACAAUUUGGGCAGAGUGUUGGGGGCACCAGGGCUCUACUGCAGUGGCUGGGUAAAGAGGGGGCCCACGGGUGUGAUCAUCACUACGAUGAAUGAUAGCUUUGACACAGCCCAAUCUGUGCUGGAGGAUCUGCAGUCUGGUGCCUUGGACGUUUCAGGUGCCAAAGGAGGCUUUGACUUGGUGAGGAGCAUCCUUCAAUCCCGAGGGAUCUGCCCUGUAUCCUUUUCAGAUUGGGAGAAGAUCGAUGCUGCUGAAGUGGCAAGGGGCAAGCUGUCUGGAAAGCCUCGGGAAAAGAUAACAGAUCCACGAGAAAUGCUGGAAUUGAUCGGUUGCUGAGUUGGGUGUUUGCUUGGCAAGAAUUGUGCAGGGGCUAUCUGUACUUUGAACAAAAGUGUCCAGGUCUCAGAAGAUGGUGUUGAUAGCAUUUAUUCUACAAUGCUCUGUUAAAAGAGGUCUGAUGCAAGGAGCAAGUCAUUUCAAGUUUUUGAAUAAAAAGCCUUGGCAAAAAGCUUGUUGCCAUUACAUUUGGUCCACCUGUCUGCUGUGUGACAGUUUUUUGUCCUUGGCAGAUUAUUUGGCAGCAAGUCUCAGUAUUUAUCUGCAAUUUCUUGCUGUUCCUGUUCUGGCCAGCACCUGGACCUGUAGUGAUUCACUUCUGUCUUUAUCACAGUAAUUUCAGAAAUGGAGGGUGUACCUCAUUACAGUAAGGAUAUGAUUGAAAUGUUUUAAUUUUCAGGGGUUUUGUAACCAGGACUAAGUGCCUUCCCUGUUCUUUCAGGAAUGUGUGGGAGUUCUUUUGUUUUGUUUGUGUGAGUGAAAUCUUGUCCAGUUUGCAUCUCUGCAUUAUGAUGUGUAUACGACCUAUUUGAAAAGACAGCUCUGGGCAUGAUUCAUGCACCUGCCCAUCCUGGAAGAUGUAGGAAAUCCUGAUGACUUUUUGCCAUUUUUCCUUCUGACAACGCCCAGGGUACAGAACAUUCUUUUUUGUAGCCUGCUUUGGACACUCUGGACGUGAUAAUAAAACACAACCGAAGAACUUGAGAGAGAGGAACUAAGCUUGGAUUGAAUAAUCAUGAGGACGGGGGCAUCAAUCACCGUUCCCCUUCACCCUGAAACUCAAUUAUUCUUCCUCACCCACACCUCAACUUUGAUGUCAGAUUGCAGAUUGUAUAAUCAUUUUAAAAUAAAGCUCCUUCUCAAACAGA